CUAUCAAACAUAUAUAUGUAUGGCCCUUAGUUAACUAUGCAUCCUUUAUAUGUUACUGUGAACUGAUAGGUGUGAACAUGCCUCAUGGUAUCAGUCUUCAUAGUUCAUCUGUGUCGAAACAGCGUGAUGUCACAUAGACUGUAUUAUAAAAUGUGGACUUCGAAACCAUUUCAUCUUAUGUGAACACAGAUAUCAAAUAGUGCAAGAAAGAACAAAACUGAAAUAUAAAAUGCUAUAAAAGGGUUUUUUUAACUCUGCAUAAAACUUUCUUUAUGCUUUAUUCUAUUUUUUUUUUUUGCCUGUCACCCUGCAUGUCGCCGAAUUAUUUUAAAAUAUCCCAAAUUAGUGUUCCCGCUGUUUUGAAUGCCAAACGGGCAUUUCCGUUGUUUUCCGCCUAGCUGCAUGUUGUGCAGAUGAAUAAGGUGUAUGUGAUUCUGAUAGUCUGACCUCUCUCCGUUCACAUCUUUUACAGUCCACUAACAUUAACCCCUUCACGGCAGCUUCCCAUUCCGCUCCACCACCAUAGUUUUCUUUUAACACAAAAACUACUGUCAUUUUCCAUCUAAAUCUUUCCAUGUGAGAAUGUGAUGUAUUUACGUCUUAUGGUGUCAUGGUGAGUAAUCCUGAGAAAAGAUGAGUUACGCCUGUGCGCGUUGGCUGUGUGGUUAGCAGUUUUAAUUUAUAUAUAUAAUUUGUUUUUAUUUCCUCUCACUCGAAUCUCUUCCGAAAACCACAAAAGCGACAGAAUAACAUAAUGUCAUGUUUGUCUCUAGUUCUGUAAACAUUAAUAGUUACACCAAUCGUCUUCAAAUUACCUUUACUUUGAAAUAAAGAAGAAAUGGACACUUGACAUGAAAUAACCACGAGAAGUGACCAAAACGCGAGCGUAGGCUGUUGGGUUGUGUGACUGUGAUAGUUAAUAUCAUUUGGCUUCAUCUUGGUUUUGAGCUCUACUGUACCACUAGGUUGUGAAACCGAGCCAGCAGAGCGUCCACUGUGUUAAUGGACUAACAUAGUGAACCUUACCAGAAUCCAGCGAGGUGGGCGGGAGCAGCUCCGUUAAACGUCCCGACGGCGCGGGUAUAAAAGCAUGCUCACACCGCUUCAUGCGAAACGGAACCGGGGCUGCACACGGACGGAAGGGAAGCGCGAUGUGCCGCUCUUCGCUCCCAGCGCGCGUCCUCUGCCUCCUCGCGCUCUCGUCGCUCUCUCCAGCUUGUUACAUCCAGAACUGCCCGCGCGGAGGGAAGCGCGCGCUUCCACACAUAGGAAUAAGACGGUGCAUGCCCUGUGGUCCUGGGGAAAGGGGUCGCUGCUUUGGCCCCAGUAUUUGCUGCGUAGCAGAUCUGGGCUGCUACGUGGGCUCUCCAGAGGCAGCCGGCUGCAUGGAGGAGAACAUCUUGCCCAGCCCCUGCGAGAGUGGAGGGAGACCCUGUGGAUCUGAGGGGGGCCACUGCGCUGCACCAGGAGUCUGCUGUGAUCUAGAGAUGUGUGUCCUCAAUUCAAACUGUUCAGAAGAAAGCAGGCUUCACCAUCCUGCUGAAGUAAGGCUGAGCAGCACCUCAACCAGGGAGAUGCUGUUGCGUCUCUUCAACCUGGCCAGUAGAGGGCAAAGGCAGAUUUGAGAUUUCAGAUGUUUCUAAUCCUUUGCCUGCCUCAACUUUACAGUUACACAGACUCACUCUCUAAAUAUUCAGGUCUGUGUUACUUUCCCAUUAUUUAUGAUGUGUUAAAACAUGAUGAACUGCAGAUCCAGUGUGUAAAUAUGUAGUAAAUAAAGACUUUCUUGCUGUAACAUGUC